CAACUGCGUGCAAUCCACAGUUAACGCAGACGUGUGCUUCUUACGCAGCAGUCACUUGAGGAAACAGAGGUUUAGCUUCAACAGUUUUGUACUUUUUGCGAUUCAAGUGUCUAUUUUCUGACGCACUGUCAACUGGAACUGCUGCCUGCAUAGUGCCAACUUAAUUGUCGACUUUUCUACCAGCGAAGUUACAUUCCUUUUUUUGCCGUUUAAUUCAAACUAAAGCGCCGAUAUCCGGAGUACCCGCUUGAACACUGAUACAAAUUCUUGACUGUUGUCUAUUAUUUCUUCAAACUUGUUCAGAUAGAUUUAUAAAACAGAGGAAAAAAGAUAAAAGCGACAGCGAAGAAUUUCCUGAAAACCUUCUCAUUCUCUGUUGAAUCUCUUCGUAUCAGCAAACCAUGAGGCCCAGACACAGAGGGGACAAUUUAGGCCUUCUUUUGCUGUUCUGCCAGAUUUUUCAAGUUGGAUUUAAUAAUGUUCCACCUGCAACUCUUGUUACUCUUGCACUGAACAUUUACCUUUUUCUCUUCCCUCUGAAGAACCUGAUGCAAGUAUGUAUCAGUGUGCAGAAUGUUUAUUUCCACAAGGACUGGUCACGCAUAUUACUGGCUCAGUUCCACCAUGCAGAUGACUGGCACCUCUAUUUUAACAUGGCAUCCUUUUUGUGGAAAGGCCUGAGGCUGGAAGGGAGACUGGGUAGCAUGUGGUUUGCCUACCUGCUUGGGGUUUUCUCUUUGCUCACUGGAGUGGUGUACAUCUUGCUUGAAAUGGCACUGUCAGAAUUGUUAAAUGAUGCUUCAUAUAACAGUCACUGUGCAGUAGGUUUCUCAGGAGUUUUAUUUGCCUUAAAGGUUGUGAAUAGCCAUUAUUAUCCAGGAGGUGUGAUUUACAUAAUGGGCUUUCCUGUAGCAAACAGGUAUACUUGUUGGGUGGAGCUUAUAGCUAUUCAUCUGCUGUCCCCAGGAACUUCCUUUGAAGGACAUCUUGCAGGAAUUUUGGUUGGACUGAUGUACACAAAAGGACCACUGAAAAAGAUAAUGAAGCUAUGCUCAGGAAUCUUUUCUUCUGACCACCACCACUAUUCCAGACCACAGUACUUCAGCUCUUCAGGACGGAGUGGAUAUAGAACAAAUCCAUAUAAUGCUUAUGAAAGACAACCUCCAAUGCAUUAUGAAUAUAAUCCCUACAACCAGCAUCCUGGUUUUGAUGCAUACACUGGAGGAUUCAGUGAGCAAGAGCAGUAUGAGGCUGCCAUUAGAGCUAGCCUCAAUGACCGAGGUCAUCCUUCUCAGGGAAGCCCCCCAUAUGGAUUCAACAUUCAAGGUGAACCCUUGUCAUAUGAUGAAAUGAGACAGAGAAGGUUAAACAGGUUUAAUACAUGAUGAUCUCCUUGUUCAAGUGUAUACUGGUUUGCUGAAGGAACCAUGUUAUAGGAUAUGCCAUGCAACAGAGUACAAAGUGCCUUCAGUGCAGACUCGCUAAGCUUAUCAAGUAUGUUUGACACAUUUUAAUGUGGGGUCUACAGCUCCUGCGGGAAGGACAUUCUGAAGACCUUUGAUGUUACACACACACUGUCAGCCGUGUUCCAGAUGCCAGACUGUCCAUUCUCACUGUGACUAUCUCUGUCUUAGCCACCACAGGCAACAUUUGGACAGUGUUGAGGGGAACAUCAGUGCAAUGCUUCCUAAGACAAGUCUGGUCACAAUUUAGGAACAACACUGAGAUCCUGGGAUUUCACCCGGAAAAAAUAAGUUUUGUUAGCAUUUUCUCUCUACUACUUUUACAGAAUGUUUUUCUUCACCUCACAAUACAUCUUUUACUGAAUUGUUUUAUCGAAGAAGCCAAGAAAAUGUAGACUGCUGAAUUCAUUUUCAAAAUGUAUUCGUUUUGUGAGUUUGUUUUUGUACCUUUGUAUUUAUAAUGUGCCAGAUGUUCAUUCACUCAGGCGGGAUUUACGUUUGUGUAUUUUGAUAGAUAAGUCCAAACUAAACAUGCCACUGCUUUUUAACUUUUCAAGCAUGUUGAAAAAUAAAACACAUUUUAUUUCAA